GCCUGCCAGCCUAAACUCGGGACUUACACGACCCAAACUUCUUAGACAGCGUUUAAUAAAUUGUUCCGCGUGUCUGAACGGCAACACCGUUUCUCGGUGAAUGUGAUGUUCCCGAGCUCCGCCCGCUUGUACUGUCUAGGUACUAUUAAGAAACAAUCUCCGUCCGAGUUGUCGACGAAUCGUUUCAACCUCAGAGUCUUCUCUCCAUGCUGAAACCGUGCACACGUUUCUGGGCGAGGAAACCGUGGACGGCCGCAGCUCAGGCUCAGGCAGUUUUGCUGCAGGUUUGUUUGUCAUUUUGUGCCUGUUUUUCUUUUUUUUACGCGUGGCGUCAUGUCGCCUUUUUUGCUGGUAACGGUCCGCAAAUUGUAGCUCUAACGGAAGAGCUACGUGCGUGUCCGCUGUGUUCACGUUAUUUCUCGCUUGUGAAUGUUUUACAGUCGCAACGUGUCCACUGAAGAGCUGAGAGACACGCCUCGUUAACACAGACAGUAACCGGGUAGCUUAGCAGAGCUGCGAGCUUCAGCCAACUAAUGUCAACUCAAGCUAGCUAAUUUGGUCAGGUCAGGUGACAAACACGUUUACCUUUGAGCGCGUGAGGGGGGAUUGCGCAGUUUACUUUGUGCGUGUUCAUCCUGUAUCUUUUGUGCAUUCAUAAUUACCCUAACCAGUACUAGUUUAAAAUGCAUAAUUGUCUCCAUACUGUGCUGUUGCGCAUGUUUCAUUUGCACCUUCUGCCUGUUUUCAUCAAACGGGGGUAAAAGUGUCUAUAUGCAGAAAAUAAAAUGCAUACUUCUCAUUUCUAGCCAGUGUUUGCUUUUACUAACAAAGGCCUCAGUUAGGGGUGAUGCUCGCAGAAGUCCAACUUGCUUUGGCAGUGUGCAACUGGUAAUGGUGGGCGGUACAUGUGGGUGGAUGCACACACAUACAGUGGGGCUCCUGCAGGCGAGUUACACCAAGAAAGACCCUUGGGAGCAUGUUUCAAGUUCAGUCAGUCUCAGAUUCAAACUGGACUGCUCAGGCUUUAUUAAUGCUGCUAUAUUUAUACUUGAAUAUUCUCAAAAUGCCUCCAGAAAACACCUCUAGCUGUCACAUAUGAGCUUUAAGAAAUUCUAUCUUUACGCUUUGAUUUUGAUCUUUUUUUACUUCCGGCAUAAAAACAUACUUGAAAAUGUUUUAACAGUUUUCCAAUAUAGAUAUGUGCCAAAUGUGGUUAUUUUUUCAUAACCCGUAAUACCAAAAAUCUGGAUAGGAUUGUUUGAUAUUUUUUAUUCUCGCCUUUCUUUGAGGAAACAGCCUGAUUGUGUAAUGCCCCCCCUCCUCCCUUUUUUUCUUGCAGUUCCAGGGAGAGGAACCUGUUUGCAUUCUUCUGCAGGUGCAAGACAAUGGAGGUGAAAACUGAAAAGCAGGAAAAAGACAUCUCAUUCAGCAACUCUGACACAAAUGGUAAAAUAUCUCUUUGACAAAGAAAAAAAAACAUGCAUCGUUAAAAUGGUAUGAUCUCUUGCAUCAAAUAGAAAAUUACCUCAGUCUAUGCGGUGUUGUAUCCAAGUUGAAAUAUAGCAAAAGAUAUACCUGCUAAUAAUAAUAAUUUCACUAAAGGGAUGGAAAAGGGGGGGAAAAAGAACAAUUCUGGCUGGUUCUUGGUAGCAUGUGGACAUGUCAGAUGGUUGAGGGACUCUCCUGUCCAAGAUACUGCUGUUCAGAGAGCCCUGAGCAGAUCUGCCCAUGUUUUAAUCCAGGAAGAGGACAUGGUGGUGCUGGUCGCCUUCCAGGAUACAUUUGGCUGAAACCAGUUACCACUAUGAUUUAAUAUCUUUGCAAGUCAGUUUAACAUGCAAAUGGUUAUGAUUAAUGACUAUUUAUCAUACAUUUUAAUCUAAUUUGAUGUUUUUUUUCCACAAUUUUUCUAUAUUCUGCACAGAUAUUUGGUAAUAUUUGUUUUAUUAAUUAGAAUUUACUGUCAAAGCAUUUUGAUUUCCUCAUUAAAUAUACAAAUCCCAAUUUCAUUGAAGUUGGGAAAUUGUGAUAAACGUUAAUAAAAACAAUACAAUUAUUUGCAAAUCCUUUUCAACUAAUAUUCAAUCGAAUACACGACUAAGACAAGAUAUUUAAUGUUCAAACUCAUAAACUUAAUUUUUUUUUUGCAAAUAAUAAUUAACUCAGAAUUUCAUGGCUGCAACACGUGCCAAAGAAGUUAGGACAGGGGCAUGUUUCCCACUGUGUUACAUCACCUUUCCUUUUAACAACACUCAAUAAACGUUUGGGAACUGAGGAGACUAAUUGUUGAAGCUUUAAAGGUGGAAUUCUUUCCCAUUCUUGCUUGAUGUACAGCUUCAGUUGUUCAACAGUCCAGGGUGUCCGUUGUCGUAUUUUACGCUUCAUAAUGCGCCACACAUUUGCAAUGGGAGACAGGUCUGGACUGCAGGCAGGCCAGUCGAGUACCCGCACUCUUUUACUACGAAGCUACGCUGUUGUAACACGUGCAGAAUGUGGCUUGGCAUUGUCUUGCUGAAAUAAGCAGGAAGGGCGUCCAUGAAAAAGACGUUGCUUGGAUGGCAGCAUAUGUUGCUCCAGAUGUGUAAGUUACCGAUGCCUUGAGCACUAAUGCACCCCCAUACCAUCACAGAUGCUGGCUUUUGAACUUUGCAUCAAUAACAGUCCGGAUGGUUCUUUUCCUCUUUGGCCUGGAAGACACGACGUCCACUAUUUCCAAAAACAAUUUGAAAUGUGGACUCGUCAGACCACAGAACACUUUUCCACUUUGCACCAGUUCAUCUUAGAUGAGCUCGGGCCCAGAGAAGCCGGCGGCGUUUCUGGAUGUUGUUGAUAAAUGGCUUUCACUUUUCAUAGUAGAGUUUUAACUUGCAUUUAUAGAUGUAGCGACGAACUGUAUUUACUGACAGUGUUUUUCUGAAGUGUUCCUGAGCCCAUGUGGUGAUAUCCUUUACACAUUGAUGUUGGUUUUUGAUACGGUGCUGCCUGAGGGAUCGAAGGUCAGGGGCGUUCAAUGUUGGUUUCCGGCCGUGCCGCUUAAGUGCAGUGAUUUCUCCAGAUUCUCUGAAGCUUUUGAUGAUAUUAUGGACUGUAGAUGUUGAAAUCCCUAAAUUCCUUGCAAUUGUACUUUGAGAAACGUUCUUCAACUGUUUGACUAUUUGCUCACGCAGUUGUUCACAAAGUAGUGAACCUCGCCCCAUCCUUGCUUGUGAAUGACUGAGAAUUUUUGGGGAAGCUGCUUUUAUACCCAAUCAUGGCACCCACCUGUUCCCAAUCAGCCUGCUCACCUGUGGGAUGUUCCAAAUAGGUGUUUGAUGAGCAUUCCUCAAAUUUCUCAGUAUUUUUUGCCACCUUUCACAACUUCUUUGGCACGUGUUGCUGCCAUUAAAUUCUGAGUUAAUUAUUAUCUGCAAAAAAAAACUAAUGUUUAUGAGUUUGAACAUUAAAUAUUUUGUCUUUGUAGUGUAUUCAAUUGAAUAUAGGUUGAAAAGGACUUGCUAAUCAUUGUAUUCUGUUUUUAUUUACAUUUAUCACAAUUUUCCAACUUCAAUGAAAUUGGGUUUUGUAAAUAUUGACUAUGAAAAAUCAAAGCCUUGCGCUUCUGUACCGAAAAAUGCAGGAUUCAGCUGUCAUAGAGUUUGUUCCAGACUUAGAGGAAACAUGUUAGUAGUCUGUUUAAUUUAAAGUAGGUACAGAGUGUCCUUCCAGGUUAGUUUGACCCAAAUUGUCUUCUUCUCAGGUAAACGCCCAGCUGAGGACAUGGACGAGGAACAAACCUUCAAACGUUCUCGCAACGCGAACGAGAUGGUGGAGCUGCGUGUGCUGCUUCAGAGCAAAGUAAACACCAAUUCAAAAGCAUACUGACUUAACUAUUGAUGAAAGCGAUUUAUUACUAAGGGACAUCUGUUUUCUCACAGAAUGCCGGCGCUGUUAUUGGAAAGGGUGGAAAGAACAUAAAAGCUCUUCGCACAGACGUGAGUAAACGGGUAAAAUGAGGCCAGCGUUUCUGCUACAGAGGAGAGCAUUUUGGUUGCCAGUGCCCGAUUUGACUUGAAAGACUCAAACCUUGAUCCUUAAAAUGUUCCUUUCCGUGUUUCUCCCAACAAGGUUUUUAUUAUUUGACAUUAGCCCCUUUCACACAUAUGCAGAGUGUUACUCCUCACCCUAAGGCAGCCCUAUGCAACAGACAACUAUCAACAAAAUGACCUUUUUAAAGUCACAGUAAAUACUGUAAACAAUCCAAAUUAUGGAGUUUAUUGAUGAAUGACACACAGAUAACCCAAAACUUGAGUAAGCAACCAACUAAAAACCAAGAUAACAAACCGAAUACACAAAAGAGGCAUCAGGGCUGCAGUCCCUACUCCUCUCGACAAGUGAAACUCAUUAUCCCAGACAGUGAAUGACCUCAAAUAUUAUCCUCCGUCAAAAUGAGCAAUAUUCAACUUUCUGGCUACUGUCGGUUAACAUUCUUAACCUUUAGUUAAGUCCCGCCCACUGACAAAUAUCAGGCUCUCUAUUACUGCUAAAGGGUUCCAAACCCAUUCGGUUACCAUGACAACUGGUAGCACAUUUGGUUAGAAGUUGCUGGAUUACAGGGUCACUCUUGAAACUAAAACGCUGGCUUCCCACAGUGCAAAAUGUGACCAGUAUGCAUGGCAUUCGUAUAACUAUGCAUGUAUCACAGUGUUGCAGUGUAGUGCAAAAUGACCCAAGGGAAAAAUGUGACAAUUAAUUUUCUUUUUAUCUUAAAUGUAGGGCCCGACGAUUUUUAAAAUUUAUUGAGUUAAAAAAAAAAAUAUAUAUAUAUAUGUAAAUAUAUGUGUAUAUAUAUAUAUAUAUAUAUAUAUAUAUAUAUAUAUAUAUAUAUAUAUAUAUAUAUGUAUAUAUAUGUACUGUAGAUAUCUAUCCCCCGCCCCCCGCCGAUUGGUCCUCUGCGUCUUAACUCACGUUAUUUAUCUCCAGUCCGAUCUCAUCUGGAGACAUGCAGCUGCCUCAGUAAGAGAAGUAGCUCGAUCACAUAAUGUGUACUGUUGUUUUUUUUCUACCGUUACUGGCACGGCUAACAGUGUCGCAAGGCUAAUAGCAGGUGGCUAACUUUAGCUUGCAUAUUACAUGGUGCUUCACCGUUAACUUGGCGUGACCGAGACCAGCACAGCGGGGAACAUCGUGAAGUGGGUUGAACUGAAACUUGUUGACUUAUUGUGUAUUUCACAAACUGGUUUAUUUACCGUUGAGGUGGACCACUCUCCUCCGUGCGUCCCUGAGCUGCCUGCUUCAGAUCCGUCACUCUGCUGUGCUGUGAAGUAGUUAGUGGAUGAAGAUUGUCAUGAGGUCACUGUGCCAUCUACAGGAGAAGUCAAAUGGCGGAACAUUUUCGAAGGGAAACAGAAUCUUAUUGUUCGCAUUUUAUUUCUGAAAAUAUCGGCGAAAAUCUGCAAGUUUUGGCUGAUUAGCGAGUAGUCUCAAACGGGCUAAAAUUGGCCAAAUUAAACCCUACUGAAAUGUAACAGAGCCAACAAGCUUCAGGUGUGAAAACAGCCUAAAAAAUGUAGAAAGUAGUAGGUGUUUGUGUGUGAAAGGGGCUACAAAGAGGCAGCUUACAGAGUUAGAUGUACGUCACUUUUCUAUGACAGUGAAACAAAGAAGGCUCAUGUGGACGGUGAAGUUGGAUUUGGGUUUCAGUCUGGUUCCUCCCCAGUGUUGUAUUACCUUGAAGUGACACCUCGUUUCUUAAAGGGAUGUAGUACUUUUUUUUUUUUUUUUUACAGCACUCCAGACUUUGUUUAUACUCAUCCUUUUUCCAGGUCACUCUUCUUCUUCAGUCACCACAGUUCUCUCAUUCACUUUUGGGUCAAAGUGUAGCGUGUAUUCAAUUAAAAUGUAUUCCUUCUCCCCCUCUUCCCUUCUCCUGUACUUUUUAUUUUUGGCCACCUUCCUCCGUUGCCCAUGUACUGGAUCGACAUGCCCCUCCUGCGUUGGCCAAACCUCUGCCCGCCCCUGAUCGCCCGCCCACCUGACACCCCCGGUUGGCCCCGCCCAUAAACCGUGCCCCUCCCUAAACGGGCACCUAACUUGUGAUUGAAUGCCCCCGCCCAAUGCCAACCUCCUCCACCACAACCUCCACCACAACCACCACCACCUCCACCUCGGCCCAUGCAGUACAAUGCGAGUGUAUCAGUCCCAGACAGCAGUGGCCCAGAGCGGUAUGUCCCACCAGUUAUUGCCUCACUGCCUGAUUAGAACAGUGAAACUCAUGUCUUUGAUGAUUUGCCUUCUGUUUCAUUUUUAACAUUUUUAUAUAUACAUGACAGCAAAAACCCCUCCCCCCUCAAACACCCCCUUCUCCACCUGUAAGAAACAUGAAUUGUUCCCCUCUGAUUUAUAUGUCCAUCUUUUUAGUACCUCCAUUCAGUUGGACUUUUUGCCAUUACAGUGAAUUGUAAAUGCCAAAAACCACAGACAGCAGGGGCUGUACCUGACCUAGAAUUUUGUCAGUCGAAUCAGUCAUGGGUUGUCAUGGGAUGGGAUCCAGGCUGUUGGUUCUGUUUUUCACCAUAGUUCCACUCUAAAUGACAGCACCGGUAACAUGAGUCUAGGCCUGUCGCGAUAAUCAAUAAAUCGCCUUAUCGCUCGAUAAAUAAAAACGAGGUCGAUAACUUUGCCAGCCUCGAUAAUUGACGUGCGUUUGUUUUCCUCCUCUCUCGCUACCAAACACGCUGGAUGAGAGAAGAGGUCUCACUCUGCGCAUUGUUCUCGGCACCUGGGGGCGUUGGCUCUAUAGCGGAAUGAACGGAGUUAGUGAACCCUCCUGUCAGUCAUUCAGUGUCUUUGGCACGAGGGGGCUGGCGCGCACAGGCACACAGACACAGACUUUUUGGAUACAGUGCCGCAAGUGAGCGUCGUGAGUGAAAAGCAAGCUAACAGAAUGAACACGACAGCUUUGGUGUCUAAACCGAACGCAACAGCCCAAGUGUGGGAAUAUUUUGUUUUCGUCAACCACAAAACUCCACGUGUGUGUGCGCGCGCGUGCGUGUGUGUCUGUGUGUUGGAGGAGCACAGCAGGCUGAUGAGAGCUGUCAGAGCGGACUGAAGCUGCUCCUAUAUGUUUAGCGUUUAACUGACUGAGUUUUGCAACUCUGUUCGUCAUUUUCGUCUCGUCCCAUCAACGUAAACGCACUUUCGUCUCGUCACAUUUUAGUCAUCUCCGACUUAUGUUUAGCUCGUCAACGUUACGUCUUCGUCGUGGGAGAAAAGGGAAAUAUUUUAGUCAACGAAAACAACCAGUGUUGUUCUCGUGUGGAAAUUAAAGUUUAUCACUUUUGACAUGGUGUACUCGCAUUAUUAUGCCAUAUAAUAUCAUUAUCUAUAAUUUAAAAAAUUGUGUCAAUAAUAUCGUUUAUCGGCGAUAAUUUGUAGCACAAUUAUCGUCCAGCAAAAUUUGUUAUCGUGACAGGCCUACAUGAGUCUAAGGUUUGCUUUCAGACAUCAUCUGUCUUUUUACUUUUACCACUUUUACUAUGUUAUUGAACGGAAAUGCAGUGUGCUAGUGAGAUAAAGUGAGUGGCUCACAGAAGACCAAAGAGACACUGGGCAACAUCAUUGUGUUUUUAGAAACCUAGUCCUUUUGUCUCAUUAAAGGGAUAUUCCAGCGUGAAAUUAAGUGAGGGUCAAACACACCAUAACACCGCGUUAGACAGCCCGGCGAGAGAUGAAUGUUGGCGACUGCUUAAAAAUGAACUUAAAAUCUUGUGAAAUUGUUAUGAUAGAAAUCCUUUCCUAAACUUAGAAUUUCUUAGAACUUCCACUUAGCUGAGAAUUUCUCUCAGUGAAGUGAUUUUAUCUAUGAUCUAUGUACAGUCAGUGGUUCCAGUAAUCGGGUCUGUUGAUUUUGGAGAGGAAGAGUCCUCAGUGGAUAAUUCAAACCCCAUUGAAACCUCAUAAACAAGGGAAAGAAGCUUACACUCGGACAUAUUUUUGCUCUUUGUUGUUCUGUGUUCAGUGACGUGGCUAAAAACCCCAAUUGUACUUAUUUCGACUGGCAAAAUGUGAUUUGACUCUGGGUCUCCUUGAAUAGUAACUUAACUUACUUUGAGGGUGCAGCCCUACUUACCACCGACUACCAUGUAGUGGCAUUUAACCAUCAGGAACACAGUGGUUGGAAUUUACUUCUCCAUGCUGUGAUAUUUAAUUCAUCAACAGAACUUUUGAAAAGUAGACAUCUUCUUUCUCACUCUUUCCUCUGUGGUCCAUCUGGCCUCCCCCCUCCCCCUUCCACCCUCACCGUUUUCAGCAUCACUGUCCAUGAUUUCUGACAGAGCACUGGCUUCUGUCUGGAGGCUCACCCUGUCACUCAUUGAUAUCUCUUUUUUUAAUUGUGCUGCAUUCCUUCUGUUGAAUCUCUCUCAGGCCACAUCUGAUCAGAGCCGCCUGCUAAACCUGUCAUAACCCUCCCCCACCCCCAAAAUCUCCCCCCCCAACCCCUCCACCCCUGCCCCUGUCCUGUGCCACAAAGAAGUUGGUAACCAAACGCAUUCUCUUCUCCAACCCAACCCCUUUGCUGUGUUACUCUUCUCUCCUGCCCACCUCGUCUCCUCCUCCUCCUCACCUCAGCCCCCGAACUCUCCCCUCCCCUUCCCUCCCACCUCCUUACCCCCUCCCUCUCUCCCUCAAACCUCAGGUCACGAUGAAAAGGUGUGCUGGUGGUCCAGUUGUUACGUUUCAGUUUGUCACAGUCCUGUUCCCCAGCUUGCUGGUGGUGGGAUGGAAUAGAAGAUCUCUCUCUUUCUGUCACACCCCCUCCCCUCCAAGUCUGUGUGGCCUGUCUGAUGUUAAUUUCAGCCGUUUUGAAGCUGCCCAUCUUCCCUAGACUCUUACUUUAGUAAACAACAUCAGAUCAAGUGCAUGUGAACUGCUUAUGUAAUCAGUUCAUUGUUUGGAAAACUAUAGUUUUGCGUAGGUAGAGGACUUAAACUGUCUUCCUUUAUAAGAAUCUAUAUCCUUGACUGCUCCAAACAGUUUUUCUGACUUAUGCUUGACCUGUCCUUGUUGUAACACCUUGCUUCCUUUCGGCCAAAAUAUUUCCUGACAGAAUCCUGAGUGUGAAUGCCAGCAUCGACACUAUUGGAGAGAUCCUGCUGAAAAUUAUACCAACUUUAGAGGAGGUGAGCAACCACUUCGAUUACCUUAUUAGUUCUGUAUCAGACCAAUGAUGACACUCAGUAUGUUUACAUGACACUCAAGAAAAGCGACUUGUUGCCUUACUCUGAUUAAGACCGGACAACUGAAGUGCAUUCUUUGUCCGACUAUAAUCUGAGUUUGAGAACUCCGAUUAGAGUCGGAGAACUCAGAUUAAGACACCAAGAUAAUGCGAUUGGUAUUCGAUUUUCUCUACCAUGUAACCAUCGUAGUCGGAAUAUGAUAGGACAGUGCAUGUGCAUGGUGCCACGCCCCCGGAACCCCAGAACAAAGACACCAGAGAAGAGAAGUAAUGUGCACCUCAUCUGCAGAAAAAUGUUUUGUCGUACAUCAUGUACGACAAAAACAACGCUGUACGAUGCUCCAUCUUCUCUUCUCCAAAACGCCCAACAGCAGUUGUAGCCACCUCUGACGUCUGUCACGGACCUGCUGUUGCUGUUGGGUCAACCAGAAACAGCGCCGCUGAAAGACCUAUAAGCCCCCCUAGUUUUGGGGAGUAGGACACGUUCACGAUUUUCUCAGCUGCAUGUAACAAGGACAAGGAGAGAAGUCCGAUUCAGCGAAAAAAACGAAUUAUGCGCUUAGUCCGAUUAAGCUGUGCAUGUAAACGCACUGAUUGCCUCUUGGUAUUUGUUGCCUGUUGAAAUGAAAGGUUAGGGGUAAUGUAUUGUGAGCAGGUGUUGAUGUGAAAUUGAACCCAGUAAAGGUGAGCAAGGUAUCCUCAUUAAAUUCAGAAACGCCGUUUUAAAUCAAUGAUAAGAGUAGUCUCAGGCCUUUGUGAUACUACCCAUCAUGCUUUGUGUUUUUGUAGUACCAGCACUACAGUGGGAUGGAUUUUGACAGUGAGCUUCGCCUGCUCAUCCAUCAGAGCUUGGCAGGAGGCAUCAUUGGGGUAAAAGGUGCCAAAAUCAAGGAGCUGAGAGAGGUAGGAGAGUUAGUUGUUAAUGGUGUCUUAGGAGUUACAGUCGCUGCGAAGCCGAGAUGCUUUAAUGGAGUAUUUUAUUGAGAGUGUCGUCGGCUAAUUUAUCAGCUAAGCAAUAAAAAUGACUUUUAUUAUUGCCUGAAUUUGAGUCGUCAUGUUUUGAUGCACUAGAACACCCAGACCACCAUCAAGUUGUUCCAGGAGUGCUGUCCUCACUCCACAGACCGGGUGGUGUUGGUGGGGGGGAAGCCUGAGCGUGUCAUUGAAUGUAUCAAAGUGAUCCUUGAGCUGGUGUCAGAGGUGGGUCAAAUCUCCAAGAUCUAAUAAAAAUCAACAGAAUUUUAUAGUCAUUGUGCUUUACACCUAAAUCCAACACUGCCGGUGUGAUCUUUUCGCUAUAAUAGUUACAUCUUUUAUUCAACAGGCGCCAAUCAAAGGUCGCGCCCAGCCUUAUGACCCUAAUUUCUACGACGAGACAUACGACUACGGUGGUUUCACCAUGGUUUUUGAGGAGAGAGGCAGACGACCAAUGGGUGGCUUCCCCAUCCGUGUGCGCGGAGGCUUUGAGCGCAUGCCCCCUGUUCGUGGCAGCAGGCCUUUGCCACCUUCCAGAAGGGACUAUGAUGACAUGAGCCCCCGUCGGGGUCCUCCACCACCGCUGAGCAGAGGCGGACGAGGAGGCAGCAGAGCAAGAAACCUGCCUUUACCUCCACCACCGCCCCCAAGAGGAGGGUGAGGAGGAUUCCAGUUAUUGCUGAUGCUUUCACGCCGAUUUUGUAAAGAAAAAUAUUUCGAAUCUAUUCAGGAGUGACGCUGUAUGCCGCCUCGAUCAUAAAAUUCCCAUUUAUUUCUAAAUGAUCUUCUUGCUAUCUGGACCAGAAUCUUAAAGAAACAAUGAAUUUGACAUGUGUAUCAGGGCCCGACCGAUUUAACAGCGAGACAAUUAAAUCGGCCAAUUUUAACCCAUUUGAGACUAAUCAGUAAUCACCCAAAACUUACUGAUUUUCGCUGAUGUUUUCAGAAAUAAAAUGCGGAGAAUAAGAUUCUGUUUCACUUCGUAAAUGUUCCGCCAUUUGAAAAGUUCCCCGACUUAUCCUGUAGAUGGCGCAGCGACCUCAUGACAAUCUUGAUCCACUAACUACCUCACAGCACAGCAGAGUGACAGAUCUGCAGCAGGCAGCUCAGGGACAUACGGAGGAGAGUGGUCCGCCUCAACGGUAAAUAAACCAGUUUGUGAAAUACACAAUAAGUCAACAAGUUUCAGUUCAACCCACUUCACGAUGUUCCCCGCUGUGCUGGUCUUCGUCACGCCCGAGUUAACGGUGAAGCAUCAUGUAAAAUGCAAGCUAAAGUUAGAGUUAGCCACCUGCUAUUAGCCUUGCUACACUGUUAGCCGUGCCGGUAACGGUAGAAUAAACAAAAGUACACGUUACAUGAUCGAGCUACUUCUCUUACUGAGGCAGCUGCAUGUCUCCAGAUGAGACCGGACCGGAAAUGAGUAACGUGAGUUAAGACGUGGAGGCACCAAUCAGCACUGGGGUGGGGGUAGUUGAAAAUGCUUUUCUGGUCCGAGUUUGAUCAGUCGGUCUUCCUGUCGGCGUGAAGAGCAGUAGCCUACAGUAUAUCUACAGAUCUACAGUAUACUACAUAUAUAUGUAUUAUAACUUAAUAAAAAAAAAAUCUGCCGAUUAAUUGGUAAUCACAUCCCCCCCCCCCCUAAUAAUUGGUAUCGGCAUCAGCCCCAAAAAAUCCAUAUUGGUUAGACGCUAAUGUAUAUAUUGUAUUUUUUUCAUUCUAACUGUUUACAGAGGAGACCGGUUCUCACAUGGCAGCUAUCACAGCAGCAUGGACGACAGACCAAGGUGAAUACAAAUGACUGCUUCAUGGUGUCAGUGCACGGUUUAGAGAAAGUAUAUUUAUGCAUAUGUUUUUGUCCGCAGUGACAGAAGAGGCAGAGGAGACCGUUACGACAGCCUGGUGAGUGUUUCUUCUUAGUCUGAAGUAUUUCUCGUACUGAGUGUAGCAUGAGCACGGAGGCAUGGGCACUGUGCUGCUUUUACACUUUUACACUGUGCAUGCACACCCGUCUGUGCCUGUUGUUGCCUAGCAACAGUUGUCUCCUUGGUUACCACGGAGUAGCUGAGUACCCGUGCUAGCAAAUGAACUUGAGCUGAAACCAAAGCAAUACCUGAACAGGUUCCCUUCAGGACAACGCCGAAGUAAAAGGCAAAAGUGACGAGAGAGACACCACCAAGUCAGCCUGUUAAUUAUUGAGAUUUAUGGACCAACAUUUUAAGCAUGAAAACUCCUUACUUACUAAUAUGCAAAUUAAUAACAGCAGCAGCAGGAGCCUCCAGAGAUGACAAAUUACUGAAAUGAAACAAGAAGACAAGUCUAAGGCUGUGUUCACACUGCAGGUCAAUUCUUAUUUUUUAACCAUAUGUGACACAUAUGUGAUUUUUUUCAUGUAAGUGUGAACAGUGCAAUUCAGAUUUUUUCAAAUCCGACCCAGGCCUCUUUUGUAUGUGGAUAUAAAUCAGACAUGUAUCUGAUGUGACUGCAGUGUGGACGCUCAGGUCGCGUUCAUCCAACAUAUACGUCAACAAUAUGCGACAAACGUCACCACUGUUUGACAACACAAACAGGCGCGGAAAGCAAUUUGUGCUUUGUGCGCAUGCGGGUCACUUAAUGGACGCACUCCAUUCAUAUUAGUUACUGCGUUCGUUGUUGUAAUGUGAACGACCGCACAAAAAGAUCGGAUUUAACAAAAAAUCAGAAUCGUGCAUCAUAACCUGCAGAAUGAACAUCGCCCAAGAUAGUAAGAGAGGCUCAAAAGUGUUAGAAAUUUAACAUCUACUGUGUUUAUAAUGUUGAAAUAAAUCUUUGUUUUUAAUGGUCAUGCUCUUAUGUAAUAAUUCGAUCACUCUGUAUGGGCAAAGUACAACACAGCUCCAAAUGCCCUAGAUGUUCAUAUUUUGGUUAAGUAAAAGGGAAAAUGACUCACAUAUUUUCUCAAUCUGCUGGCUUAAAAAUAAUCUCAAGUAGUUAGAAAAGUUUUGAUAAUAACGACCCAGUUUAGAGCUCUCUUGCCUAAACUGCCACCUGUGACUAAUGUAAUGUAAAAUGGUUCCAUGAUGUAUCUCUUUUUACAACCUAUGUUUCUCCCCUCACCUCAUCUGCAUCCCACUUCUUCAGUGAACUAUAAAACCUGUUAUAGGCUCAUAUUCCUCUCACUUCAGACUAACCAGAAGUUUGAGAGCUGUGUGAGGUCUUCAAGUCUUUUGAUAAAAGCCCCCUCAGUGGCAACUUUAGGACAUACAGCUGGUUAGUUUUAUGUUGUACAGCUGGCUGGGAGUGCCCCUCUGCCAGAUGAAGUCUUCAUGGUCUGGUUCAAGAAGAUGCUCCUAAGAUUCCUCUGAGAUUUCCUCUAUACCGGCUAAUAGCAUCACACAGUUGCUUCGCAUUAAUUCGCUCCAGAUUUCAUCCUUUAGACCCCCCUCCUCCCUCACAUCCUGAAGGUGCUCUAUUGGAUUGAGAUCUAGUUACAGGAUUCCAUUAUAUUACUCUUCACUAAAAGCUCAUGUUUGCAGAAGCAGCUUUUGAUGGUUUGUAUAUUAUUCUGCUGGAAGAUGCCAUUUGGAGCCGGGUAGACUGCAGCCAUAUAGGAUGCAGAUGGACAUUAUGAGUACUUAGGGAGACUAUAACAUCUAAAUGACUGUAGUGAAGGCACGUGUCCUGCCAAAGCUUCCAUUUUUACUUUCUACAAAUCCUGAUGUCAUGAUUUUACCACUUUGAUAGGAAUUACAACGAUAUUUGUAUCUUUUUCUGGUUCACACUGGUGUGCUAAACCAGAGGCUUAGACUCGUCAGGGGGAAGUAUUGAACCAUGGUUGGUUAUUUUGCAGACCUGUUUGGAGGGUUGAAUUUCCCUGUGCUUUUAAACUUACUGGGCUGCUAAUCUGACUGUUAACUAUGCAGUGCUCUGAAAAGGAAGUCUGUUAGAUUGUUUUGCACCAACUAGAAAUAAAGAGAAGUUGGCCAUAAUUCCCAGAUGCACUCAUCAAUGUCACACCCUCCAGUGUUUUUUUUUCUCCUUAGAUCACUUUACCACAAAACAGAUGUUUUUAACUGCUUGACUUGCUUUUGCUCUGCUUCUGUUCAAAUGUACAAUUCCAGUUGAAUACAAUUGAAAAAUGUGCAGGAAAUGCUCAAUGCUGUGGAAUCAGCACAGGCUCAGAUCCCUGUGUAAAAUUUCCAGCAGCGUGCUGGAUCCUUGCCUUAGAUAAUCCGAUUGUUCUUGAUGCAGGAUGAUCCAGGACCAGCCAGGUUAUUUGUGUUUAAUACUGAGUGGGUACCAAGUGUUUGGUCUAUUAUUAUGUCACUAAAACAGUUUGUAUUUUUCUUCCCUCUAUCUAUCCUGACACGCAGAGUGGAGGCGGAUAUGGUGAGUGCUAAUUUUAUGUAAAUCCAGCACAGAUUUACAGUUUUGUCAUCAAAGAAAAACAUGUCUUUAUUUGUUAAAUUGGGUCAUACUUUAACUGAUUUUAGUUUCACAAAUGAUGUCCUGCAGGGACUUUGCUAUUGGCAAACAGUGUCUUUGUGUUAAGGUAACCUUUUAGGAGCGAAUGGAGUCUAUUAAAAAAGUUAUUUCUCUUAAUCAAUGUUUUAAUGUUAAAUACUGAGGAAAAUUCUUAAAAUGUGUAAAUUCAACCAUGUAUUUAUGUAGUAAGGCCAUAUAUCAUAGGUUAUUUAUUACCUUUGAUUAUUUUUUGCACCAUAAGGCGCACCAUCAAUGAACGUGUCUAUUCGUGUCUAUUUUCAUACAUAAGGCGCACCGGAUUAUAAAGCGCAUUAGUCAAACAAAGUGCUCUGACAAGUCAUCAGGCUGUGCAGCUUUGUAGCUUACCAAAGUUUUAAUAGAACAUUUUGACAGAUUUUUGAGCGCUGUGUACCACAUAAAAUUGGUUCGAGGUCAGUAAGCACAAGCAGAGUUCAUGCAUAAGGUGCACCUGAUUAUAAGGCGCACUGAGGAUUUUUGAGAAAAUUAAGUGUGCUUUACAGUGCGAAAAAUACGGUACUAUAUAUUUUUUAUAUUUUUGUUCCUCUACAGUUGUAUUAACUGCAUUAUGAUGCAGUGGUGUGAUGAAAAAGUGAUAAUAUACACUCACCGGCCACUUUAUUAGGUACACCAUGCUAGUAACGGGUUGGACCCCCUUUUGCCUUCAGAACUGCCUCAAUUCUUCGUGGCAUAGAUUCAACAAGGUGCUGGAAGCAUUCCUCAGAGAGCUUGGUCCAUAUUGACAUGAUGGCAUCACACAGUUGCCGCAGAUUUGUCGGCUGCACAUCCAUGAUGCGAAUCUCCCGUUCCACCACAUCCCAAAGAUGCUCUAUUGGAUUGAGAUCUGGUGACUGUGGAGGCCAUUUGAGUACAGUGAACUCAUUGUCAUGUUCAAGAAACCAGUCUGAGAUGAUUCCAGCUUUAUGACAUGGCGCAUUUUCCUGCUGAAAGUAGCCAUCAGAAGUUGGGUACAUUGUGGUCAUAAAGGGAUGGACAUGGUCAGCAACAAUACUCAGGUAGGCUGUGGCGUUGCAACGAUGCUCAAUUGGUACCAAGGGGCCCAAAGAGUGCCAAGAAAAUAUUCCCCACACCAUGACACCACCACCACCAGCCUGAACCGUUGAUACAAGGCAGGAUGGAUCCAUGCUUUCAUGUUGUUGACGCCAAAUUCUGAGCCUACCAUCCGAAUGUCGCAGCAGAAAUCGAGACUCAUCAGACCAGGCAACGUUUUUCCAAUCUUCUAUUGUCCAAUUUCGAUGAGCUUGUGCAAAUUGUAGCCUCAGUUUCCUGUUCUUAGCUGAAAGGAGUGGCACCCGGCGUGGUCUUCUGCUGCUGUAGCCCAUCUGCCUCAAAGUUCGACGUACUGUGCGUUCAGAGAUGCUCUUCUGCCUACCUUGGUUGUAACGGGUGGUUAUUUGAGUCACUGUUGCCUUUCUAUCAGCUCGAACCAGUCUGGCCAUUCUCCUCUGACCUCUGGCAUCAACAAGGCAUUUCCGCCCACAGAAGUGCCGCUCACUGGAUAUUUUUUCUUUUUCGGACCAUUCUCUGUAAACCCUAGAGAUGGUUGUGCGUGAAAAUCCCAGUAGAUCAGCAGUUUCUGAAAUACUCAGACCAGCCCUUCUGGCACCAACAACCAUGCCACGUUCAAAGUCACUCAAAUCACCUUUCUUCCCCAUACUGAUGCUCGGUUUGAACUGCAGGAGAUUGUCUUGACCAUGUCUACAUGCCUAAAUGCCGCCAUGUGAUUGGCUGAUUAGAAGUUAAAUGUUAACGAGCAGUUGGACAGGUGUACCUAAUAAAGUGGCCGGUGAGUGUAUAUCCUCUUUUAAGCAGAGUGACCUUCUGGUCCAGUUGUGGCUUUGUGUACUGCAUUAUUGCACAUCUACUGUUAUCUAAUGUCUCUGUUGUGUGCCUUCUGAAAUGUUUUGUAAUGCCAGCCACCAAAGUUUGUAUAUUAAAAAAUUCCUAUUAAAGCUUCUGUUAAGAACUUCUAUUGUGUUGAUUUUGGCGCCCUCUGUGGUCAAUUGAAAAACAAACAAAAAAAAACCUAAUGUUUUCUUUCAAUUCAUCAAGAAAUUCCCAUCAUAAAUCAACUAAUCCUUUACUCUGACACCGAUCCUCUGGCAGUGGUUUAAGGCGCUUAUAAUGACAUCCUAAAAAUGAUUCCUCUUCAGCCUUAUCACUCUGUUUGCUUCAAUUUAUCAUAGAGUGUCACUGGUAUGAAAUUCAGUCGGUUUCAGAACCAGUUUAAAAAAAAGUCACAGAAGCUUUAAAAAACUCAAACAUAUUUGAUUUAUUAUGUUUAAAACUUAUUUCUCUCUUUAGACAUUUGUUGUGUUUUUCCAUUGCCCUGCUUCUUAUCUUUGUCACCAUGGGGUAUUUUCAUAUUUCUCUUUUUCUUCUCUUUCUUUCAAAGACAACAACUCUUCCUGGGAGCACUUUCAGUCUGGUGAGUGGUGAUGGAUUUAAAGUGUCAAGUAUCUUGUUUGCUGACCUAAAGGGAUAGUUUCUUCUUCAUCUUGUUGUUUGUUUCUUUCACUCUUAAACUCACCUGAAAUGCUCUCUCUCACCUUUUGUUGUAGGUGGUCGAGGUUCUUACAGUGAUAUCGGAGGCCCCGUCAUCACAACACAAGUUACCAUCCCAAAAGAUGUAAAGUUAAAAUCAGAUCUCUCAGAAUCUCUUAAAAACCUCUUAAAUCUCACACUCAUGUUCAUUCAUGAUGUGUGUGUGUGUUUGCAGCUGGCCGGCUCCAUCAUUGGUAAGGGGGGCCAGAGGAUCAAGCAGAUCCGCCACGAGUCUGGGGCAUCCAUCAAGAUUGAUGAACCACUAGAGGGCUCUGAGGACCGUAUCAUUACCAUCACCGGGACUCAGGACCAGAUCCAGAAUGCCCAGUACCUUCUGCAGAACAGGCACGUCAAUCCUCUUCAGAGAUCUUCUCACAUGGAGCAGAGCGCUCCACCCUCUGAAAACCUGUAUGAUCAGCUGAAUGGAAGUUAUUUUUCUUCGUCUAUUUGAAUCAACUUUAUUUGUUGACGAAUGAAACACACACAAAUCUUAUUGUAAAGUACAUAAAACAAAUACAUGAUAGUUUGACAGGAUUAACUUUUACUACUUACUAUUUUUUGGUCCAAAACUAUGAAGAAAGUUAGCACUCCAAUGUGCUUCUUAUGUCUUUUACAAAAAAGUUAUUCUCUAAUAAUUAGGAGUUUUAAAAUGCAUUAGAUACAAAUCCCAAUUCCGUUGAAGUUGGUAAAUUGUGAUAAACGUUCAUAAAAACAGAAUACAAUGAUUUGCAAAUCCUAUUCAACCUAUAUUCAAUUGAAUACACUACAAAGACAAGAUAUUUAACGUUCCAACUCAAUUUUUUUUUUUUUUUUUUUUUGCAAAUAAUAAUCAACUCAGAAUUUCAUGGCUGCAACACAUGACAAAGUAGUUGGGACAGGGGCAUGUUUCCCACUGUGUUACAUGACCUUUCCUUUUAACAACACUCAAUAAACGUUUGGGAACUGAGGAGACUAAUUGUUGAAGCUUUGAAGGUGGAAUUCUUUCCCAUUCUUGCUUGAUGUACAGCUUCAGUUGUUCAACAGUCCAGGGUCUCCGUUGUCGUAUUUUACGCUUCAUAAUGUGCCACACAUUUUCAAUGGAAGACAGGUCUGGACUGCAGGCAGGCCAGUCGAGUACCCAUACUCUUUUACUAUGAAGCCACGCUGUUGUAACACGUGCAGAAUGUGGCUUGGCAUUGUCUUGCUGAAAUAAGCAGGAAGGGCGUCCAUGAAAAAGACGUUGCUUGGAUGGCAGCAUAUGUUGCUCCAAAACCUGUAUGUUCCUUUCAGCAUUAAUGUUGCCUUCACAGAUUUGUAAGUUACUGAUGCCUUGGGCACUAAUGCACCCCCAUACCAUCACAGAUGCUGGCUUUUGAACUUUGCAUCAAUAACAGUCCAGAUGGUUCUUUUCCUCUUUGGCCUGGAAGACACGACGUCCACUAUUUCCAAAAACAAUUUGAAAUGUGGACUCGUCAGACCACAGAAAACUUUUCCACUUUGCAUCAGUCCAUCUUAUAUGAGCUCGGGCCCAGAGAAGCUGGCGGUGUUUCUGGAUGUUGUUGAAAAAUGUCUUUCGCUUUGCAUAGUAGAGUUUUAACUUGCAUUUAUAGAUGUAGCGACGAACUGUAUUUACUGACAGUGUUUUUCUGAAGUGUUCCUGAGCCCAUGUGGUGAUAUCCUUUACACAUUCAUGUCGGUUUUUGAUACAGUGCCGCCUGAGGGAUCGAAGGUCACAGGCAUUCAAUGUUGGUUUCCGGCCGUGCCGCUUAUGUGCAGCGAUUUCUCUGGAUUCUCUGAACCUUUUGAUGAUAUUAUGGACGUAGAUGUUGAAAUCCCUAAAUUCCUUGCAAUUGUACUUUGAGAAAUGUUGUUCUUAAACUGUUCGACUACUUGCUCACGCAGUUGUUCACAAAGUAGUGAACCUCGCCCCAUCCUUGCUUGUGAAUGACUGAGAAUUUUGGGGGAAGCUGCUUUUAUACCCAAUCAUGGCACCCACCUGUUCCCAAUUAGCCUGCUCACCUGUGGGAUGUUCCAAACAGGUGUUUGAUGAGCAUUCCUCAAAUUUCUCAGUAUUUUUGCCACCUUUCCCAACUUCUUUCGCAUGUGUUGCAGCCAUCAAAUUCUAAAGUUAAUUAUUAUCUGCAAAAAAACUAAUGUUUAUGAGUUUGAACAUUAAAUAUCUUGUCUUUGUAGUGUAUACAAUUAACUAUAGGUUGAAAAGGAUUUUCAAAUCAUUGUAUUCUGUUAUUAUUUACAUUUAUCACAAUUUCCCAACUUCAUUGGAAUUGGGUUUUGUAUGUUUAAAAUAUUAAGGUUGUUUUUCUCACUUCAGUAUUUCAUCUUUGGAGCUUCUUCAGUCCACAGACACUCCCUUGUCUCACUAAAUGGCUAACCUGUUCCCAGCAGCCGCAUUCCUUCUCACACACGAAAUUUAUCCUGAGCCUUGACCUUGGGCUACUUCCUAUAACUUCCAGCCGUGCUUCAUAUGAAAUAUGCCUCACAGUUUUUUUGCUCCCAGCAUUAACAGCUAGUGACCUGUGUCAUGGUCCUGUUGAAAUAAAUAUUCUUAAUGUUGCAAAGUGUCCUUACGUUUUAUCUGUAUCUUAUUUCAGCGUGAGGCAGUACUCUGGACGGUUCUUCUGAGCAGGAGGAGGAGGAAAGAAGAAGAUUGAAGCCAUGCUGCCAAACUGUUUGCUCCUUCUAUUCAGAGUUACAUUCCUCUGCUUUGGGUAGACGUGUCCCCUCCUUUACAUAUCAAACAGUACAGCAUCUUUAAAUCCUACUUUUCAUUUUCAGGACUAUUCAAAAGAACCUCGAGCUGCCAAUUAUCAAACCAGUGUUUGACCUUUUUCUGUGCUGGUGUUAUUUUUAUUUAAUUUCUUAAGAGAUUUCUGUGCUGUCAAUGGAGUCAAUGCAUCCGUGAUAAACUUUCGGUGUUGUGAGAAAUGCUCCAGCCCUUCUCUCCCAUUAUAUCAGUUCAGCAUGCAGAAUGUAACCAUUUUGUAGGGCACUCUGUGUUUUUUUUCUUUUGUUAUUAACAGUGCCAAGCGUUCGGCACACUCUUUCAACAAACAUGCAUGGUCUAAGUGGUUACAGGGAGAAAACUGCUAAAGGCCUUACUUGCAGUUCUUUCAACAUAAAGGUUUAGAAUUAAUAAUUUUUCUAAUCCCAAGAAAAUUAAAAUCAUUUAUUUGUGAUAUCUGUUCAGUAUUUCUAAAAAUCUAAUUAUCACAACAAGUUAUAUAUGAAGCUUUUCACCUCAGUCAUGUCUUUAAAGCUUCUGUGAGGAAUUUCAGUUUAAUGUCAAUUUUGGCGCCCUCUCUGGACAAAGUGCUACAUCAUAUCUCUGAUGAUUUUGUCCCUUGCUUGUUAAAAUAGUGUUUUUUUUUAUAUUAAUCAAUCUUGAUGCUGAUUAUCAUGUUUGCUUUUGCAGGCUAUUUGAAGACGUCAGUACUGGUUUCAGUCCAUUUCAUAUCCAGUCAAAAACUCCUCAUAGAAGCUUUAAUUUUGGCUGGUAAAGCUUAUUUUUCAUUAUAACCAGUUAAUAAAUAUAAUCUUAAAAGUCCAAAAUAAAUAUUUCUGUCACAAUUUUUAUCAUAAUAAAAUGAAGCCCUCAAUCAUCUGACAAGAACACAAGAUAAUAAUGCCUAAUCUCAAAUUAUAUCAGAGUUAACAGAAGGGUUUUUUCACGAUUCAUGUUUUUUUCUUUACACAGUGAUAACCAAGACUACUUUUGAAAACCCAAUAUAUUUCUCAUACAAAGUAAGACUUCUUAUGGUAAUAUAAUAACUGAUCACGAGAAACUAGGAGAUUGUACCUUGAAUAAACACAAGAUGGUAUAGUUUUCUUCUCUUACAGGGACAACUCACUAUUUCAAUAACAGCAUUAAAAAAAAAUUAAAAAGGCUUUUAAGUUGAAGAACAAAUUAAAGAAAUAACACUACUUUUUACACAGUUUUUUUUUUUUUGCCAAAUAAAGUGCUUCUUGCAAAUGGGCUUUAAUAGAGUAGUUUGACAUUUUGGGAAAUGAGAGAUACCCCAAAAUAAGUGUGUGAGUGUAAUCUCCCCGGCAAACUCCAACAAACUUAUUUCCCAAAAUGUCAUCCUGCUUAUUUCAGUUUGAAAUAAACGAUUGGGUUUGGUACAGCAGAAAGAAAGUUUACUAAUGUUUUGUUUUUCAUUGUGAGACAAAGAUUUGUACAAAGUGUGUGUAUAUAGUGUAUUUACAUAGCUAGUAUUUCAUGAGUGGUUUGUUGGGAAACUUUCUCCUUUUUUUGGAGGAAUUGUGCCGUUGAAAGAGAUUUGUUCAUCUUUUAUUUCUGCCUUUUUUUUGUUUGUUUCUUUUGAUGGACUCACUGUAAUGCAGCCUUUAUCAGAUUGGUGGUUUUUAUUUCUAGAUUUUGUAAGCAUUUUAAAAGUUUUAUUUGAUGUGUGGAGUAUGCAGCUUUCUGAGUCCAGGAAUGGCAGUUGUUUUUUUUUCUGUCUGUUCAUAUCUGUAUCUCAGUGUCUGAUAUCUGUAGUAUCUGCAAGUGUUGACUAAAUAAACUCUGUGUUCUCAA